GGCCUCCUUGUUAUGCAGGAUUGCCCCAUUUUAUAUUCAUAUAUUUUAUAUUACUGGAUCAUUGUGGAUGAAUUUUUAUUUUGUAUACUGUUGUGUAGGUUAAAAAUGCAUCACAACUUAUUAUAAUCGCAUGUUUUGUAUAUGUAGGAUCUUAGUGUGAAAACGUAGCCUACAACAUUGCCCUCAGAAGUGUAGUUGAAUAGAAGCAUAGCAGAUAAUUAGAAUACUCAAGUACAACUAUCUCAAAAUGAUACUUUUAGAAUAUAGUAGCCUACUUCAGUUAAUAGCCUACUGGUUAUUAGCCUACCUACUAAAGUGCAUAAUGUUGGCUGUCUGUCACUAUCAUUUUAGAGUUAUGGUAAACUGAAAUGUCAAUUAUAAGAAUAAAACUGUGACAGAAUGUAUUUGGUUUUUCUCCAUGCUGCAUAAAACCACACGCAGAGCUUAUUUCCAAAAAGGGAGGCGCGGCCAAAGAGGACAGGGAAAAUAUGAAUUAUGAUCCGCCCUCCAGGAACAGCUCAGGGCCGACUGACUGACACACGCAGGAAUCCUGGAGGAAAAAGAAAGAAUAACAGCACUUUCACUUUACUUCACACUCCUGGACACAGACAUGCGCUGGAAAAGUGAAGUCAAAGCAGAGUGUUGCGCCGUUAGCGAGGACGAAAACGGAUCUCUGUUGUCCAACGAUGAGCUUCUCGUCAUGUGUGAAGAUUGCAAAGGAGACGAAGGGCUGCCGGGCAGAUGCACUGAGGACAGGAGAGACAUGAUGGGCGCGCCGGCGGAAGUUUUGGAUGAAGACGCGCCGUCGCUGCAGACUAUGGCAUCUGCGCCUCUGCUAGGCAGAGCGGUGUGCGCGAGCUGCAACGAGGACAUUGUGGAUAAAUAUUUAUUAAAGGUUAACGACUUGUGCUGGCAUGUGCGCUGUCUCUCCUGCAGCGUGUGUCAGACUUCGCUUGGCAGCCACACGAGCUGUUACAUCAAAGAAAAAGAGGUUUUCUGUAAACUGGAUUACUUUCGACAAAAAUGCCACGAGGCAACCAUGCCGGAGUCUAAUCUGCUCACCACGACCUUCACCUGCAGAAGAUACGGCACUUGGUGCGCGUGCUGCGGCCGGAACAUCCACUCCACAGACUGGGUCCGCCGGGCGAAAGGCAACGUGUACCACCUGGCCUGCUUCGCCUGCUUCUCCUGCAAGAGGCAGCUGUCCACCGGGGAGGAGUUCGCUUUGGUAGAGGAGAAGGUGCUCUGCAGGGUCCACUACGACUGCAUGCUGGACAACCUCAAGCGGGCCGUGGAGAAAGGAAACAGCGUUAACAUGGAGGGGGCUCUGCCCACUGAACAGGAGAUUAACCAGCCAAAACCCUCCAAGAGAGCGCGGACCAGCUUCACUGCCGACCAGCUGCAGGUAAUGCAGGCCCAGUUUGCUCAGGACAACAAUCCGGAUGCCCAAACACUGCAGAAACUGGCGGAGCAGACGGGCCUCAGUCGAAGAGUCAUACAGGUCUGGUUCCAGAACUGCAGAGCACGCCACAAGAAACACGUGAGCCCCAACCACACCUCCAGCACCCCCAUGACCUCGCUGCAGACCAGCCGCCUGUCCCAGCCCACCCCGACCCCUGAGGAGCUGCAGUACACAGCUUAUGGAGGCCCGGAGGGAUCAAUGCUGUCAGCACUACACUCCUUCAUAGACAUACACUCCCCUCCAUCCAUGUUUCAACCGCUGCUGCCCACCCACGCUAUGACCUCCUUGCCUGUGUCUCACGCCUGAGCUACACACACACACACACACACACACACCCUCAGACUUUGAGAACCAUAAAACCUUUCCUUUUCUUGAACUGCCAGUAAACCAUUACAUGUUGAUAUUCUUUGAAAACACACAAUUCACUGUUGAGCAGCUCACGUAUGACUGAAAGUCCUAAAUGUACAGUUUAAUGUACCUCAUACGAUUGUGACAGAUUUAUAUUUGUUUGUGUAGUUGGUGACACAGUCUGACCGUGCCCACAGUGUCAGCUCAUUAUGAAGGUGAACUUGAAAUUGUUUGUAUAGCAGUGUUUGAAUAUUGCAUUUUAAUUUAUUUAUUGUAUGUGAAGUCUGUUUUGAAAAUAAAUGUCUACUUUCACAAA